AAAGAGGGAAGAGCUAUGAAAAAGCGAGGGAGAAGGUGAAAUCUCAGUAGCACAGAGAAGAGGCCAAACAAGCAGGAGAGGAAGGAUGAGUGGAGGUGAACGCGUUGAUCAGUGAGGUCUCCACAGAGGGAGAGGAAAGACGGAGAUGAGUAGAAAGAGGGGGGUAAGCAGCCAGCACACAGAACAUCCAUCAGCUCAGGCAGCCAUGCUCUGAGCCCUGGAGCAGCAGGACUACGUAGACACUGCACAGGCCCCACGUCAGGCCUAUAGCUCAGCCCUCCACCCCAGCCACAAGCACUGGGGCAGGGACAAAAGAAGAUUCCUUUCACAACAACUGUGCAUAAGAGCCAUGAGGACAGCCAGGAAGGGCAGUGUGGAGAUGCCUGCAUUCGUGCGCCAGCUGGUGAAAGAAACGGAGAAGAGGGUCAGCUCUUUCUUCAAGGGGGGCCGUGGAGGAGCAGCAGAGGGAGAGCAGCAAGGGGAAGGGGAGAAGGAGGAGGUCAUCCCCAGCCCCUACUUAGACCGGCCGGUCCUGGACAAGUUAACAGAGGAGGGCUGUGCCCGCUGGGGCCUCACCUAUGCCCUAGGUAGUAUGCAGGGUUGGAGGGCCAACAUGGAGGACUUCCACAACUGUGUGCCACAGCUGGGUGGAGAACUAGCUGACUGGAGCUUCUUUGCAGUGUUCGAUGGUCAUGCAGGCAGCACAGUGGCACAGUACUGCUCCCAACACCUUUUGGGUCACAUCCUGGCUUCCGGUGGAAUAGGACCAGAAGACGACCCGGAAAAAGUGAAAGGAGCCAUCACAGAGGGCUUCCUCCAGACAGACAAGCACCUACACUCUGUGGCCCGUCGAGAGGGCUGGGAGAGGGGUGGCACUACUGUGGUGGCCACUCUCAUUUCGCCAUAUUACAUUUACUUUGCCAACUGUGGGGACUCAAGGGCCAUGCUAUGCCGGUCUGGUCAGGUCUGCUUCUCCACUGAGGACCACAAACCUUACAGCCCUCUGGAGAAAGAGCGCAUUGAGAGUGCAGGUGGCUCCGUGUCCUUCCAACGGAUCAACGGCUCCUUGGCAGUGUCCCGCGCCCUGGGAGACUUCAGCUACAAGGGGGCAGAGAACCGGACACCGAGCCAGCAGAUGGUUUCACCGGAGCCUGAGGUGUGUGUAGUGGAGCGCUCGCCAGCAGACGAGUUCCUGGUGCUUGCCUGUGAUGGAGUGUGGGACACCAUCAGCAACGAGGAGCUGUGCGCCUUCAUCCACAACCGGCUACGUGUCUGCACUGACCUGAGGGAUGUCUGCACUCAGGUCAUUGACCUCUGUCUCUACAAGGGCAGCUUGGACAACAUCAGCAUCAUCUUGCUGUGCUUCCCUGGAGCCCCCCAGCUGUCAACAGAUGCAUUACAUCAGGAGGCUGAGCUGGAAGACCUGCUGGAGUCCAAGGUGGCAGAGAUUUAUGAUGAGCUAUGCGCCAGAGGGGAAGAGCCUGAGUUGCUGUCUGUCCUCACAGUCCUUGCAUCCACUGUCAUCCCUGGAUUACCGCCAGGUGGAGGCAUACAGAGCAAGAGAAACUGUAUUAUUUCUGCUUACUAUCAACAACGUGAUGCACACAAGCCUAUGGUACCAAAUGUGAGUGAGAACUACAAUUAGAUUCAUAAGUUUUUGGACAAUGGCACUUUUUUUUUUUUUUUUUUUUUUUUUUGCUAUGUUGGCUGUGUGCUCCACCACAGUGGAUUUUAAAUCAAACAGUCAAGAUGUGGCUGGAGAUUUUCAGCUUUAAUUCAAGAGGGUUUUACAAAAAUUUAGCAUUAACUGUUCAGGAAUUACAGACAUUUUUAUACAUAGGUGUCCAUUUUCAGAGGCUCAAAAUAAAUUGGACAAAUGACUGAUAAGCAGUUUUAAGGCCAGGUGAGGACUGUUCUCUUUUUAUUUCUUGACAAAUUAAGCAGAUAAAAGACCUGGAGUUGAUUCCAAGUGUUGAACUUGUGUUUUGUAUCCUUUCACUAGAACUCUCAGUAUGAGGUCCAACGAAAUGUCAGUGCAAGUGAGGGAGACCCGCAUACGCUGAAAAACCAACAUAAAUCUAUUAGAGGGAUAACAAAAACUUUAGGAGUGGUCAAAUCAACAACUUACUAUAUUUUUAAAAAGAGGAAAAGCACUGGCCAGCUCAGCAACACCAAAAGGCCUAAAAGACCACUGAGGCCAACUAAAGUACAUGAUACACAAUUUUUUCCAUGGUUAAGUAAAACACCUUCACAACAUCUAAUCAAGGCAAGAACACUCACAUGGAGGUAGGUGCAUCAUUGUCAAAGUCUACCAUCAAGAGACACCUUCAUGAAUAUAAAUACAGAGGGUUUACAACAAGGUGCAACCACUGGUUACACUCAAGAAUAAGAAGUCCAGAUUAGACUUUGCCAGAAAUCAUCUGAAGACCUGCACAGUUCUGGAAAAAUAUCUUUGGACAGAUGAAACCAAUAUUAACUUGUACCAGAAUGAUGAGGAAAGAAUGGAUAAGGAGAAAAACAUCAUCAACAUGAUCUGAAGCAUCUCAUUAUCUGACUAACAUGCUAUGACAUGAGUAUUUAAGACUUCCAGUGGAACCAGGUCACUAGCGUUUCUUGAUGAUGUGAUUGCUGAUAGAAGCAGCAGGAUGAAUUGUGGAGUGUGCAGGGCUGUAUUCUCUGCUCAGAUUCAGCCAAAUGCUGCAAAUGCUUCACAGUGCAAAUUGAUAAUGACCCAAAGCAUCUCAAAGCAUGUCAAAGCAAAGAAAUGGGAUAUUCUUCUAUGGGAAAGUCAGUCACCUGAUCUCACUUUCAGUAGUAACUGAAGGCCUAGCAGACCGUCUAGUGAUGUCAAUGGGUUCAAGACUUCAGGUAAAGGAUUUUCAUCUAAUUACUAAAAAUAAUCCUUAUAUGUAAAAUUAUGUUAAGUUUAUUCAAUUAAUUUUGAGCCUCUAAAAGUGGGAGACUGCACAUAAAAAUGGCUGCAAUUCCUGAACAGUAAUGCAGAAAGUUUGGAUAAAACCCUUGAAGUGAAGCUGAAAUGCUACAAUUGCACUUCAAUCACAUGUCAACUGUUUGAUUUUAAAUCAUCUGUCGUGGUGUAUAGAGGCAAAACUACAAGAAAAAAAAAAUUAAGGACCUAACUAUAUACAGUAUGUCAACUACACACACAGUAAAUUCAUCACUUUUUGAUACUUUACCUUUCUGUCCAGGGUCUGGGAGGCUCUUGAGAACACCAAUUGGAUUUUAUCUCCAAAGUUCUGUGAAGGGACUGUAAUAAAUGUGAAUAUUAAAACUUU